AUGUCAUCAGUAGCAUCUCUCCAAGAAUAUGAUUUAUCAACUAAUCUAGCUGAACUGCCGAUCGGUUUGCAUUGGCGUCUUGCCAGUUCUUUGAAUUUUCAAACUGUGUGGAUGAAAGUGAUCGGCGAUUCGACGAGCAGUCCAUUCAGUUUAAGUGUUUCCGAAUAUGACCGUAUUUUACGAUCUGAAAAUCAAGGCUCAUCUCUUUUAUACUUGUGGGGCAAUCGUGGACAGAAUGUAAGACAUUUGCUGCUGAGACUUCAAUCAUUUUCGAAAAUGCACGGGACAUCUUUAGAUGGACCCCAAUUAGCACUGAGACGCAAAUUCGUGCCAGUAAAAUGGUCAGCUGAUGAGCAGAUUACGGUUAAAGUAAUAGGUGCUGAUAAUUGUAUGUUGCAACUUUUUUGCCAUGCUCGUGGUUUUCCUUGGCCUCAUUUUCAAUGGAUGGAAAAUGAUAAGGAUAUAGAUUGUUCAAACGGAAAAGCACUAAUCAUUUCUAGAUGCAAAUGUCGAAAAGGACUGAUGUAUAGGUGUAGAAUAUGGAAUGAGAUUGAGGAAGGUUUUGAAUAUUCGACAUUUUAUCGGAGACCGGGAAAAUCAUUUCACUCAAAAUUAAUAACGAAGCCAGUGGACUUAUCAUUAUUCAUAACUGCCAAUGUAACAGUAGACUCUUGCAAACGGUGUAGCGCGUAUAAGAAUUUGAAUUUAUCGACCGAUUUCUUCAGAACUGUGCAAAAUGAAGGCAAUAUAGGUGGAUGGAACGCAGAAUUGAUUGCUACGGAUAAGGUUGCAUUAAUUAUAGGCAACUGCAACUACAUCAAUCUUCCAAGUUUAGUUACGCCUCACUGUGACGCUGAAAUGUUUGCAGAAUCCUUGCAAAAUCUUGGUUUCAAAACUGUUGCGCUUGGAGAUUUAAAUCUUGCCGAAAUGCACUUCUUUAUCAAAGAGUAUCGCAAACUUCUUGGUGACGGGGUGUAUGCUGUGUUUUACUUCGUUGGUCAUGGUUUUGAGAAAAAUGGAAAAAAUUAUUUAUUGGCCGUAGAUGCACCAAGUGUUGACUGCAAAAUGACUGAAUGUAUUUCUGUUGAGUGGGUUCUGUCUGUUUUCGAAGAUUCACAUCCAGCUUUAAAUCUAAUACUCCUCGAUGUAUGUCGGAAAAAUGUGAAAUGCGUUGGAUGUCUAGAUGAUGCAGAUAACGAGCAAAUACCAAAGAUAGCGCGCAAUACUGUCUGUGGAUAUGCAACUAGCAGCGGAGUUAGUGCUUUUGAAGUACAUGGAGAAAGGAAUGGUGUCUUCAUGAAGCAUUUAUUACAACAUAUAGCUGAUGAAGCAACAGUUCUUGAAAUGCUAACGAAGACAUUCCAAGAAAUCUCAAAUGAUACUAGGAUUUGUGAUGUACAGAUUCCGGAACUUAAGUCAAAUUUGGUUUUACCACGUGGACUACGAGAUCCGCUUAUUUGUUAUGGUCAUACAGCAUCUUUCAAUUGCCAUACUCUUUACUGGCGCUAUAUGCACGAGUUGCCGAGUCCGAUUAACGUACAGUUUACGGAUCAAAACAUGUUUGUUAUCAUUUGGUAUGACUAUGUUGGGCAUUUUACAAACAAAGUGUAUAUAUUUACUAGUGUUAAUGAUCUAUCUGAUAAAAACAGUGCGGGAGGUUUGAAGCCAUUGCCUACCAAAUUUUCGCAUGUUGCUCAUUUACAUUUUCCCAAGCAUGUCGAUGUGUCGGCAGAGAGGAUAAUAGAAGAUGGUAAUGAUGGUGUUUCAAUAUCUGUAAUGCUAUCAAAUUUGCAGCGUUUAAAAGGAACCGUAUUGUUCUCGGUAGAUCUUGCUAGUCGGAAAGAUGACGUUGUUAUAGCAUCGAAAAGUAAUUUGUCACUGGGUGAUGUGUUGGUUACAAGGAUUUAUAGAGUAGAAUGA